AUGACUGUUUUCUAUCGUGCUUUUGCAAAAAAUCAACAGUCUCAAUUUGAAGCCUUUUUUUGUUCCAUCGAACAAGAAGUGAAUGAAAUUUAUAUGAAGACAGAUAAAUCUGAACGAAAAAUUAUUGAUGGACAACUGUUUAAUAUUUUUAACACAAUAUUGAAAUCAAUAGGAUUUAGAUACGAACUCGUUACACCGAUUCCAAAUAGAUUCGAUGGUAAAGACAAAAAUGGAACCAGAACUGGAAUGGUUGGACAACUUGUAAACCAAAAAGCGGACAUGGGUUUCGUUACAAUUUUCUUGACAUACGAUCGAUCACAAGUUGUAGAUUACUCGUCUCAUACCGUGUUCAUGCGAGUGUUAUUUGUACUUAAACGACCAGAAGCAAUAUUUGACUGGAUGUCAUUAAUCAAACCUUUUUCCUUUGAAAUAUGGAUAGCAAUAUUCAUAACAGUUGUCAUUCUCGGUUUCGUACUACAAAAAGUCUUGGAAAGAGAGGUUAACAUGGAAGGAAAGCCCUCAUUAUGGACAAAAUCGAAACUUUAUUGGUAUCUAUUUGGAACACUUGUAAACAUGGACGGUGACUUGAAAUCCGUAGUCCGAUUUCCAUCCAGAAUCAUUUUCUGUAUUUGGUUAUUAGGUGUAGUACCAUUGAUAGCUAGUUAUAGUGGAGUUCUCAUGUCAUUUAUGACCUCUCCUAUAAUGGAACAUGUUCCAAGAACCAUAGAAAAAUUAGCCGAAGCGGUUCAGGAUGGAAAGUAUUCUUGUGGAUGUUCGAAUGGAGCAGCCAUAUUUUCGUUUCUUUCUAAGUCAAAAUUCGGACCAUAUAAAAUAAUUGCUGAUAAUAUAAAAAUGAAUAAUUACUUGUUCAGUGCAGAGAAUGGGUUCGAAAGAGUACGCAAAGAGAAGUUUGCGUAUAUUUCAGAUGAAUUUUCCAUUACUGCCUUAAUGAAAAAGUACGGAUACGAUAACUUUAUCUUAUCUGAAGAUUCCUUUGUAACGUACACCAAAGGAUACGUUUUCAAGAAAGGCUUCAUCCAUAGACCAAUGUUUGAUAAAAUUAUAUUUCGUUUAUUUGAUACCGGAUUAAUAUAUAAAGAUUUGGGUUUAGAAGACUUCGAAGUGACUGAAGAUUCGGCUCACGUGGAACCUUUAAAAGUGAAUGAUAUUCUCAAGAGCUUCGACUUUCUUACAAGACUUAGUUGUUUUACAGGGAAACGAGAGGCUAUACUUAACGGGAAAAAAGACAAACAAAAAGCAGAUGACAAAAUGGACAUAAACAUCGUUGAGAGCGAUAUUACAUUUAUUAGCGGAAUUAUUAUUGGAUUAGCGGAAAUUAUGAAGAUGUCUCGUGCAAUAUUAAAAGAUAUUGGAAAAUUAAUAGUUGAACAUACAGAAGAAGAGAAAACAUUUAAAGGGAUAGAUAGCACCAAUGACAUCGGAACGGAAGCCGGAUCUUUUAUUUACGAUUAA